AUGGCAUCACUCACGAGGCAGGACGAAUUGAUUGACGAUUCAAAGAACGACAAUCCUGUGGAAGGUCUGAAAGGUUCGGCGAGCCUGAAGGACAGGUUCACGUUCCGAUUGAGCCGUCUGCUGGGAAGAAACGUUACUGUGAAGCAAAUUACGAAGGAGAUCAGAUUACACAUUGGGCCCUUGAGAGGCGCGGCAACAUCAACCGCAACGUACGACAAGCGCAUCCGCGAGUUUGCAAGAGACCUCCAGGCCACAAUGCGGAGGAUUGCUCGUUCUACAGACGAGAACGAAGACGCCAUCAGUGACUUGUGGGAUGUCGUACUCGUUUACGCGUCCCCAAACAUUCACGAGAUAGUGAUGUCCUUGAAACGGAUAUUUGAAGAAAAUAAGAACAGAUUCGACGCAAUGGUCGCACGAGUUUGUGGCCUGGACGACGUUUACCGCCACGGUUCGUCGCAUGACACCGUACUAGGUGAUCGCAUCAUUCGUGUGCAAGGACUUACGAAUAGUUACCAAGGAAGUCUUUCAGAACAGCACGAGCUGAUAGACAACGCAUGGAAGAUAAUACAAGAAGUUCCAAACUCCGAUGUAAGGUUGAAGUCGCUUCUGGGAGGCACAUUCUCUACCAGGGUUUAUGACCAGAUCUGCAAGCUCAGUCAUCCAAUGAGUACAAAUCACACUAUCACACGAGCGGCAAGAUCCAACUCGGCCUUCCAAAGUGUGAAUGUCUGUUUGGACUCGCCACGUCCACCACCACCGCCAUCAUCGAAGGCGAUGAGCCCUGCAUCAAAGAAUACUCUGACUAAGCGACAACCCCAACGCGUCCAGCCCAGGACGUCUCCGACUACUAAGCGUCUCUACCCUCCUCCUCCUCCUCCUCCUCCUCCUCCUCCUCAUCAAGGGACCAUGAUGGAGACCAUUUGGCGAUAUCUGCCAAAGGCGGACCACGGUCUAGGUCUGUUAAGGCUCCAGCCUCUCUCGAAGCAAGCAGCAGCACUGUUGAUCGGAUGCUUGCUUCAUAACAUCGCUAUACCUCCAGGGUCCGACACAUACUACAUAUUCGGCUUCGUGACCUGCCGCGACGAACAAGAAGAGCGCGCCCUCGCAGACCACUACCGCCUCCUUCUCCAGACGACGCUGGCCCCCACUACCGUCUUCAAGGGCAUCCUCGACGCUCUCGAGUACCAUACACUAAUGGGUCUGCUUCGUAACAGAACCAACGAGGGCAUCAAAACUAUUACCCCAGCACUCAACCACUUCCUCACCACCCCGCCUGCGUAGCGACCCUCGGUAUACCGCCUAAUACAAUUCAUCCGCGACCGCGACAACGACGAGCCGCUGCCCUGCUUAAAGCGGGACUACGGAUUCGUGCUCUGCACGCAGCGCGAGCACGUGGCGAAGCUCAAAGCGCUGUACACCAUGAUCAUCGACAAAGCGGGGCCUAUGAAGCUCCACAGCGCGUGCACGUUCGGCAGAUUGUGCCAGCUUGCGAUCAUGGAGCUGGGAUCCGUGGAUGCAGAGGCGCGGAGGC